CGUCUUGUAAUGCACCUGCGAACUGCAUGCUGCAUGCAUGCGAUAUAUGCACUGAACCGAUUACCAAAAUGGCGACAGGCGGUGGAUCUAUACCUUUCAAUAAACGUUCGAAAACUAGCCCACUCGAGCCAUCUUGUUCGUCAGAAAAGAUCCCAGUCAAAUGCCCAGUGGCCGGAAAUGGUAAAGUCUCCAACGGCAACAUGGUGACCAAUCACGAGUCUGUCUCCCCCAGGAAGGAAGCUAGAUCCCCCCAUGGCUCAGCCAACAAGAGUGCCUCGCCCGGACUUCAAAGCCCGUCUAAUAACCGACGGACGUCUCAGACCAGAUAUGACACUCUCCACGUGGAUGUGGACCUUGCAAACCGGCGCUUUGAGACGGUUUCCCCCGGUAGGAGAUGCAUGUCAGACUCUAAACUCAGUGUCGGUAAGAGACAGAAGAAUAUCCAAGCAUCGUCGAGUCACAAGAGGAAACUUGAGUUCCCAUCUUCAGCCUCGCCAUUGUCAAAGAGGAGGCGAUCGGACGGUGGGAGUACUUCUAGCUCUCCGGCAUCGCCUUUAUCAAAAAGAGAUGCCUCAGGCAAGCACGUGGACCAUAACCAGAACUUCAAAGAAGUGAGAGAGUGCACCAAUAAUAGAACUAUCUCCACAGCAAGCCGAGGGCAGGAGUAUAAAUCCAAGCACAGUAUUGGCCACAGGAGGGCCUCCGCACAGAUCGGGACAUUGUCAGAAGCCAUGCUGACAAGCCCACGGAAACGUGUGCCAACUCCCCCGCCUCAGACUACAACGAUGACGCUGAUGAGCCACAAACUGGAGAUAGAGGAUGACAAAGGACACAAGUGUGUGUGGGAGACCAAGAAGAAGAUCCCGGAUCUUGGGAAUUUGUCCAAUUUACCGUCCGUUAAGACGACCACUCCUAGCACACCCGACAGUUUGUCGGAGGACAUUAGCGACAAGUUCCUUAAAGUCGACAACGACAUAUUAUUUAAGAAAGAGUUGGCAAUAGACAUUGUUGUGACAGACUGUGAUGGGGAGUCGCAAAAUCCUGAGGUACAGCAGCAGGAUGUUUUAGCGAAUAGUGCACUUUCAGAAAACCCAAGUGGAAAUGUAGAGAAAGAGAGCCCCUCAGAUCCGCACUUCAAGCAGAUGCCGUCUGAUAGUUGUGAAGACGAGUCGUCUGUUUUCACCGAAGAUUCGAACACGACGGAUGACAGCGGCCCAAAAGACGCAACAAAUACUAAAUCCAAGAAACAGUAUGUUAAAAAGAAGUGGCAAGACGUCCAGCCGCGGGCACCGAGGAAGCGUCGAAUUGCCAGCCUGACUGCCGAGACUAAAGUGCAUCUGCUCUAUGAGAAGGAUGAGGUCGAAGGACCAAAGAAGCACACUGGUGCUAAAACUGCCAAGAAAGUCUCGGAAGCACUGACCGUCUCAGCCGCAACGCCUGUGAUGCCAGCCCAGUGCAUGGAAACGACACCCUUCACAUUCUGCAAGCACCAAGUCGUGACUCAGUCUGGUGCCUCCAUGCCCUGUGCCGAGUGUGUACAGCUGUACUAUUCCCUGUCCCUGAAGCAAGCCCAGGAGCAAGAUGGGCCGUUGAACUUGGUCCUGAAUGACCGGAGCUGUGUCUGCGGCAGCCAUUCCUGCGUGCAGAGCGAGAGUCGCUGUUGUACAUGCACAGCACCGGCUAGGACUAUGGGUCCGGAGGGUCACUGCAAACCCACCAGUGACACUAACAGUCUGGUCCAAGCGGUGCACAGCCCGAUGUCAGCCCCAGUCGUCAGCACCUCGAAGAGACCCACACUGGUCCCAACCAGCAUGAGGAGGGCUACAGUGGACACAGCCGAGUGCCAGAAGUUGACGUCAUUCUUGAAGAGCCCCCUGAUGCUCAGGAUGUCCAGACAUUCCACCGACGGAGAGAGCGCCCCCAGCGACAUGCCGGGAUUAGUCAACGAAACGCUGGAGCAACUUUCCAUGUUACAAACAGGCGGGAUGAUUCCCCCUUUACUGGCUCCUCCUACUCUGCAAGCCCAGCUCCUGCCCACCACCAACCACCUCCCCAAGUCCCGUAUUCCCAGGAAGAUCCUGAACACGGCCAACCUGAAGCCAGGCAAGGCGGGCCGACGCAAGUCUACCAAUGGCUGGAAGGGUGUCGGGGAGCCUGUUCUCAGACCCGUGGUUCUCUUGAAUGAUGCAGUACGCGAGUAUCGCUACUGUUACGACGCCAUCCGACGCAAGGAUGACGAGAUUCGCACGCAGGACUGCGUGCUGCUGAGGGCGUCAAGCAACCGCCGGAAGGAGCCAGCGUAUGUUGCUAAGGUGGCCUCUCUGUGGGAAGACCCUGACUCAGGGGACUUGAUGAUGACGCUCCUAUGGUACUAUCAACCGGAGCACACGGAAGCAGGCCGAUUACCUCAUCAUCUUGAUCACGAGCUGUUUGCCUGUCGUCACUGGGAUGUCAACAGUGUAGCUUGCAUUGAAGACAGGUGUUAUGUACUCACACCAGCUGAGUACUCAAGGUAUCGGGCCAAGCUCCAGAGACAGAAGGAGGCAAUCGUCCCAGGGAGGCCCUGCGUGCCGGAGAACCCCGACAGCUACCCCUGGACGUACCGCCUGCCUCCCGAUGACAUCAGCCCCGAGAACGUGUUCCUCUGCAGACAGGUGUACGACUUUCGGCAGAAGAGGGUCUUGAAGAAUCCAUCGUGAUGGCAGGAUCCCUCGGUGUGGGUGGGAUCCUCAAUGGAUACAAGGUAGAAAUGGAUGGAUGCAAUCGGUAGUGUUACAGUCGGAUGCUGAGGCGGACUGCCAGUAGAGUCUCCACACUGUUGUGAAUAAAACACCUGGUAGCAGGACUCAGCUAUUUGUUACAAGUGUGGAACUUGUGCUGUAUAGGGCAGUGUGCAUUCUGUGGCUCUUUUGGAGCAAACGUUACUGGGGAAUGGUUAUUUCGUGUGCAUUAUUUUCUGGGUUUUUUUUGGGGGGGGGGGGUGGGCGGUGUUUCCUAGGUUGCUAGUGUGCUGUUCAUUGGUCUGGAUUAUGCCAUAAGCAAAUCGUGUGUCUCGGUUUCACUCCAGAACCCCACAAAUUUGCACAAAACAUGUUGUGAUUGUGAACAUACCACUAUUCAUUUAAAAAAAAAUAGUUCAGAGAAAAUAAUCAGCCGUAGAAGUACUGCAGAGUUGAAAAUGUUGGGAAAAUGGAAAUCCAAAGCAUACGCACGGAUUUGGCCAACUUUGAACACAAAAUGACAAAUACAUACAUGCCAUUCAGCUUGAGUUAACAAAUUCUAUACUGACCUGUUAGCAUAAGCCCAUAUGCAACCUUAAUAUGUGGACUGCUGAUUCUGUCGGGUAUCUCAUCAAUGCAUAAUAGGGCUCGCUCAAUGACGGCCAUCUCUGUAAGAGAGCUGUAAGUGUGUAUUUUACGCAAUCAGGCAUGCGUUGCGCAGUGUUGGAAAUGUUCCAAACACGUGUG